GUUCUGUUGUUCUGUUGCGCGAAUACUAGACGCGCUCCACUUCUUCUUCUGCUGGCUCGCUCUGACCCUUUUUCUUCUUCCUCCUCACCUCCUCCUGCACCUUCUCCUCCCUCCCCUCCUCCCCUCCCCGCUCCAUCCUUCGCAAGCGAGAGAGCCGAGACUGCACCGCGUCUCCUCCUCCUCACCCCGCUCCUCGUCGCUGCGAUUUCUCGGGUGCUCGGGCUCGGGCCUGUGCUCCCCUUCUGCUGCUGCUGCUGCUGCUGUUGGCACCCACCGCACCUGCGAGUGUGGAGGACACCGCUUCGCGCAUCGUCCGCCCGGAGGCCGUUCGCUCGCCUCCUCGCCUGCCUCGACCUCGACAGCGACCGGCUCUCGUGGAGCGCUGGAGUGUGCAGGUCGUAGUUGUGAUUGGGAACAGGUUGGAAAUACAGAGCUCGCACGGGGAAGUAGUUUACUCGUGCGCCAGGGGGGACAGGAAGUUCAAAGGACAGGCUCGGGAGCAAAAGCCUCGACCAGGACUCGGAUUUAGGUGAUUCUUGGAAUUCGCUGCGGCCGGAGGACUAGUGGCGCAGUAGACCUCUCCCGGAAGGCACCCCAGGCAGGCAGCCUCGGGCGGAAAUCUGCGGAACUGAGGUUCCGAGAGGGCAUGGGGAAAGGAGCUCCAAGAUGUGGUAAUCAGCUGCGUAGUCUAGCAUUUUAGACAGAAGUUCCGACCAUGUCAGAAGCAUCUUCCAUCACUCGUCACCCCUACAAGGCAAACACCGGGCCCCUGCUGAAGUUCCAGCAAUCGUCGGAUGCUUCAUCCUUGCCGCCAAUGGCACGUCCCAUGGCGAGCAGACAGCUUGCUACAUCUCACACCGCUGCCUCCAACGUCUCCGUAGCAGGCGAUGAUGGCAUCGAUGCCGAGCUGUGGUACGCCUGUGCUGGUCCUCAGAAGGCAUUACCACCCGUAGGCAGCGUCGUGGCCUACUUGCCUCAAGGUCACAUAGAGCAGGUCGCGUCUUUCAAUAAUCAAGAACUCGACGCCCAAAUUCCUCGGUAUAAUCUGCCCGCAGUGAUACCAUGUAUGCUCAACGACAUACAACUCAGCGCGGAUCCUGAUUCCGACGAGGUCUAUGCGACUCUCACCCUGUGUCCCAUGAGCGAGCAACACGAAGACUCGUCCGACUGCGCCGAGCCCCCGCCACCUCCCAAGAGGAAGUCCCGCAGUUUUACCAAAACCCUCACUGUCUCUGAUACCAGCACGCAUGGAGGCUUCUCGGUGCCCCGACGCGCUGCCGAUGACUGCUUGCCGAAAUUGGAUAUGAGUCUCAACCCUCCAAAUCAGGAAUUAGUGGCCAAGGAUCUUCAUGGCAACGAAUGGCGAUUUCGUCACAUAUUUCGAGGUCAACCUAAACGCCACCUUCUCACUACGGGAUGGAGCGUAUUUGUGAGCCAAAAGAGGCUCGUCGCCGGAGACGCGGUGCUGUUUCUCAGGGGUGAGAAUGGCCAGCUCAGAGUAGGAGUCCGGCGUGCUCCUCGCCAGCAACAACUGCAACCCAAAGUGUUGACGUCUCCAACGAUGCACAUCGGGGUUCUCGCGGCCGCUGCCCAUGCGGCAACGGAGAAAUCUCGAUUCUCUCUAAUUUACAACCCUCGAUCUUGCCCUUCGGAGUUCGUUAUUCCGUACUCUAAGUACCUCAAGGCUGUGAAAAGCAACUUCAACGUUGGCCAGCGUUUUAAAAUGAAGUUCGAAUCGGAGGACCCUUCAGAUAGGAGGCAUACGGGAACUAUCACCGGAAUUUGUGAUUUCGACCCUGCCAGGUGGCCUGGCUCAGAGUGGAGAUCCCUCCAGGUUAAUUGGGACGAAUCGUCCUCGAGCGAGAGACAGGAGAGGGUCUCACCAUGGGAAGUGGAGCCCUUCUCUCCCUCCACGACCAUCACUCCGUCGGUCAGUACUAGAAAGCGAUUGAGGCCGGUCACCCAACCACAUUCUGAGUCAGUGAACAGGAAUGCCGUCGAGACAAGUAAGGCGCAAACUCAAACGAUGAGGCUAGCGAGAGCUUUCCACGGCGGUCAUGAAAUGCUGCCGUCAUCAGCCGAGGAGGAGGAUGCGGAAUCUCUUUCUGCCAAAAUGUCUUGGAUUAAGAGAGAGGACAACUUCAAGAGCGAAGCGCAGAGCGUUGGCUCUAGACAGGGCCCGGAUAGUUGGAUGUCUAUCAGGAGACCCGACCCAGUGCAGGUCCCUGACAUGUUUAGAAAUCUCCCGGCUUCGGGAGUGCCGGAUCUUCGAGGUAUGAUUGGCAUCGAGAGGCGCCAGCAGGAACACUUAAAGUUCUGCGUCAAGCAAUAUCGGGAAAACAAGGAUGAAAUCUCGGGAACUACUCUGCAGCUGUCAAGUCCCCGACCUCCGAACUUGCAGAAUUACGUCAAGUCAUCCACAGAUCUGAAUCUCUCCGUGUCCUCGCCUGCGUCGAGCAACAAGGGAUCGAGCCUUCUUUGGUCCAAUUCUCAGUCUGUAACGUUGCCAUCGUAUAAUGGUCACGAGUCGACGAACGCAUCCUCUUGGCUCUCGUUUAGACCGGGACAGAGCGAUGUUGCCGCCUCUUCGCCUCACUGCACUACAUUGUCAAUGAGCAAUCUGCCUCCAGCUGAUUCUGAAACGUCAAGCCAUCCUUCGACUCCGAAGAGUUAUCUAUGGGAGAAGAGGAUAAGGAUGGAGCCGGACACGAACCGAGCAGCUGCUCCCGUUCAGAGUGAGCAAAAAUGUAAAAUUUUCGGGGUGCCUCUCGACAAGCCAACUCCGAUCGUGAUUCCUUCUCAAGUGCCAGGAUCUAAGGCAGUGAGGAGCACGGACGAUGGAUCAGGACCGAGCAGCAGUCGUGGGCUGGAGAAAGUCGUGUCUCCCAGUCCGACUUCUUCCGCAGUCGGAGGACAGGAGCAGGAUAAGGGUCCCCAGAGAUCCAAUAAGACGUCGCAAAAUUUCCAACAAGGUCCAGUUCGUAGCUACACGAAGAUUCACAAGCAGGGAUCGUUCGGAAGAUCGAUCGACGUCCAAAGUUAUGACGGCUACACCGACUUGUUAAGAAAGGUAGAAAACAUGUUCGAGCUGAACGGAGAGCUGUUCGACAAGAAGUCCGGGUGGCAGCUCGUGUACACAGACCACGAAGACGACGUCCUCCUCGUGGGAGACGAUCCCUGGAUGGAGUUUGUGAGUUGCGUGAGGACGCUGAGACUGCUGAGCCCGGGCGAGGCGUCGUCGUCGGGCAAGAGCGGGCAGUCGCACGACGAGGACGCGGGCGCGGGCAAGGACGGGGCCAAGCGGUGCGACUCGUCCUCGCCGUCGGCGGGGGCGCGCGGCGACGACAUGUAGGAGGCGCGAGCGCGCCGGGGGGCGAGAGCGCGGAUGGCUGGCCGCUGGCCGCGGCCGCACACGCGCCUGUGCACGGGGCCUGCGGCCGGGGGCCGGGGGCCGGCGCUAGGAAGUGAUUUUUUUGGCGAGCAGUUGCGGAUAUAUGAUGAUGAUCUUUUUUUCUUUCUUUAAUUGUAAAGGGGGUUUUUGGGUUUCAGCAUUGGUGUACAUGGAUAGAAGGAAGACUCGCUCGCUGGGGCUGCCCCCGCGCGGACUCGGGCCGUCGCGAGAGCCUGCCAGCGUUAGAUAAUGUGCCGGAUGUCUUGGCGUUCUAUUCCCCGCGGUCCUCGUGGCAGGGAUUUUGGAUGGAACCAUCGGCUGGUAACAGUACUUUAUAAGGGGAAAUUUUUUGGUCGCUCUUGUGUUGUGGUUAGAAAGGGGAGUCGUCGUCGUCCUCGUCCACGUCGUCGUCCUCGUCGUCGUCGUCGAUGAGCUGCUGUGAAAAUGUUUCAUUUGGUGUCCGCAUACCUUGGCAGGACCCGCCCGAACGCACCGUCGCUGGCCCCUUGCGAAAGAGUCUGCCGCUGCCCUUUUCUGCGGGGUUGGUUACCUCCGGCUCAACAAACAGCCUUAUGUAUUUUUAGAUGUGUCAUCCCUUGUUUUGAAGUGGUGUUGAUGGGUUCGUUCCUGAUCCAUGCGUUGGCACUCAGGCAGGAUGUCGCAUCCAGUUUUGUAGAACGCUUUGUAGGAAGGAUGGAGGAGGGGAGGGGAGGAGGAGGGACGGGAGGAUGGAUGGAAGGGAGGAAGGGAGGAAGCAAGUUCUCGGGGGAAUCGAGAAGUCGGUGGGAAAGGGGAGAGGGAUGAAUAACGUGACUGGGCUCCUGUGUGACUCGAGAAGUGCUCGCUCACUUCGUGUACAAGUUAGCCUUGGCGUGUUUGUGGCCACGAAUCCGCUGGGGAUAGAGACCAAUGUUUCUGGGGGGCACCCAUUUCUGGGUGUAUAGAAGGAGUUGAUGAUUUUAGUCAGUCAUGUGCGUUCAGUUCAGUUUAUGGUCGGUGAUGGAGCAUUUAGUUGGUCUCAUCCGUCUCCUCUUUCUGAGGACGAGGCUGCUGAACUAAACUGCCGCCUUAUAUCAUUCAUGUAAAAAGAGAUUUGUGCAAUUGAGGAGAAAAAAAUUGGCGCAAUAGAGUUUGUAGAGCCAAGCUACCAUGUCUUGUGCCUGGCCUGCCUUUCAUCG